AUGAGUCAAACGCUUCGAUCUUCGUCGACAUACCUCGCUUCAACUGAGGCUUGGUCAGUCAAAAAUGCAUCAGGCCAAGAGUAUCUGAUUGAAAUCGGCUUUCCUCGCACUUGGGGUGAUGGCUCAAAUCCAAGCCUAAAGCAGCCUGAUCAAGCCCCCGUUCCCAUCUGUUAUCUCACAGAUGGAAAUUCUGUCUUCCUGACUGCCCUCGACGCACUUCAUCGGCGCCUCUGUGCAUCACCGGGCCCAUUCCCAGAAAGCGUCGUCGUGUCUAUAGGCUUCCAUAUUGAGCCAGACUCAAAGUUGCUACUGGAUUCUCGAAGAGUCCAUGACCUGACCCCUCCCGCACCUGGCUGUGGCCCAAACGAAGGUGGCGCCGACGAGUUCGCCGACAUGAUUCAAGAUCACGUCAGGCCGCUUGUUCACAAUCGAUUGAAGGAGCGCCGCGGGGCCCGUCCCGGACGAGAGGCUAUUUACGGACACUCUUUUGGCGGACUCCAUUCUUUGCACCUCUGUUUCACGCGGCCAACCAUGUUUGAUACCUUCAUCGCAAGUAGCCCCAGCAUCUGGUGGCACAACAAGUUCAUCCUACAAGAAGAGCAAGUCUUCCUGAAGGAAAAGGAUAAUCAGAAAGUCGCGCCAUCUCUCUGGAUCUCUGUUGGAAGUGAGGAGGAAGACCCAACGCGACGUAAAGAUGAGCCAGACGAGUGGUACGAGGGGAGAAAGCAGAAAUACAAUCCGGCACAAAUGAUUACCAAUGCGCUUGCUAUGCACUCCCGCCUAGAAAAGAGUGGUGCUCUGAAGAAUCUCUCCAUGACUAAUUACCAGGGAGAGGACCAUGGAACUGUCAUAGCAUGCUCGGUUAGCCAAAGCCUGACUAACUUUUUCGAGGAUUGGCCAUACGGAAACUGA